UACGUCGGGGACGUAAGAAAGUCACGGCUUGGGGAUUGGAUUCAAAUGGCGACUGUUCGGCUUGUUUCGUGUUUUUCUAGAAGUACUUAUUUUUUAAGAGCUCGGAAUAAACGUCUCCUGCAACCAUUUUCACGUAAUUUUGCCUUGCGACAAAUUUUAGUGCAAAAUGCAUUUACUAAAACGUCCUUGCGUCGGAGUUAUAAUCUCGAAGUGGAAGACCCAAUGUUUCAAGCGAACAGACUGGCUGCCUCAUUGCGUGAGUCUUCCGCAUUAACUUCACAAAUAAAUCCCAAGUUUAAUAUUGAUGUGUUGGUUUCUCUUCUGCGGCAAGAGAAUGCAGCUGAUAUUUGUGUUAUAAAAGUACCAGAAGAGCUCAAGUAUUCAGAUUACUUUGUCGUCGUAAGUGGCACUUCGACUAGGCACAUUCAAGCAAUGGCACAGUAUGCCUUAAAAGUGUACAAGUAUCUUCAGGAAGACAACAUUCAUGCCAACAUUGAAGGAAAAGAUUCAGAAGAUUGGCUGUGCAUAGAUUUUGGCCAAAUUGUUGUUCAUUUCAUGCUUCAUGAAACCAGAGAACUCUAUGAGCUUGAAAAAUUAUGGACAUUGCGUUCAUAUGAUGACCAACUGACAUCGAUUACUCCAGAAACAUUUCCUAAAGAUUUUAUUCUUGAAGAAGUGGAGGAUGUUCAGAGUUGAUAAUGCAGCACAUCAAGAUGGAUCUGAAAUUCAGAUUAUAGUCAAGUCCUGCUUCUGUGUACAUUACACUUGGGACCUUCAGUAGGGUGUGCUUUUAUAUAUAUAUAUAUAUUUAUAUAUAUAUAUAUAUAUAUUAUGUGUG